GGUCCUCUGAAAAGGACAAUUCAUCGGAGUAUUUCUGAGGUAUCUUGUGGAAUAAUCACAGUCUCAGAUACUGAGGUCUUUACAGCUCAGCGGAACCAUCCUCGCCGGAGGCUAUACCAAGUAAGAACAAUGGAGGCCAGCAGGAAGCUCAUUUGCAGACAAAGGCAAGUCCUUUUCUUCUUUCUCUUCUUGGGUUUAUCGCUGGCGGGCACUGAACCUAGACGCUAUUCUGUGGUGGAGGAAACGGAAGGGAGUUCUUUUGUAACCAAUUUAGCAAAGGACCUGGGUCUGGGGCAAAGGGAACUCUCCAGGCGGGGGGCUAGGGUCAUUUCCAAAGGAAACAAAGUGCAUUUGCAGCUCGAUCAGGAGACCGGGGAUUUGCUGCUAAAUGAGAAACUGGACCGCGAGGAGCUGUGCGGUCACACAGAGCCCUGUGUGCUGCGCUUCCAGGUGUUGCUAGAGAAUCCCUUAGAGUUUUUUCAAGCUGAGCUGCAAGUAAUAGACAUAAAUGACCAUGCUCCGGUGUUCCUGGACAGAGAUGUGUUGCUCAAGAUAGCAGAGAGCAGUCCUCCUGGGACGACGUUUCCUCUGAAGAAUGCUCAGGAUGAGGACGUAGGCCAAAAUAAUGUUGAGAACUAUAUAAUCAGUCCCAACUCCUAUUUUCGGGUCCUCACCCGCAAACGCAACGAUGAAAGGAAAUAUCCCGAGCUGGUGCUGGACAAAGCUCUAGAUCGUGAGGAGGAACCCGAGCUCAGGUUAACCCUCACCGCUCAGGAUGGAGGCUCUCCACCCCGGUCUGGCACCGCCCAGGUCUACAUCGAAGUCGUGGACGUCAACGAUAACGCCCCUGAAUUUGAGCAGCCUUUCUAUAGGGUGCAGAUCCCUGAGGACAGUCGCGUAGGUUUCCUGAUUGUCACAGUCACUGCUACGGAUGCAGACACAGGAGUCAACGGGGAGAUUUCCUAUUCACUUUUCCAGGCUUCAGAAGAGAUUAGCAAAACCUUUGAGAUCAACCCCAAAACAGGAGAAAUUCGACUGAAAAACCAACUUGAUUUCGAAACUGUUCAGUCCUAUGAGGUCAAUAUCGAGGCCAGAGAUGCUGGAAGCUUUUCUGGAAAAUGCACCGUUCUGACUCAAGUCAUGGAUGUGAACGACAAUGCCCCAGAAGUCACUUUGUCUGCAUUUACUGGACAGAUCCCUGAGAACUUCCCUGAGACUGUGGUUGCAGUUUUUAGUGUUUCGGAUCUUGAUUCAGAAGAAAACGGGAAAAUAAGUUGCUCCAUUCAGGACGAUUUACCCUUUUUCCUGAAAUCUUCCCUGGAAAACUUUUACACCCUAGUAACAGAGAAACCUCUGGACAGAGAGACCAGAGACCAAUACAAUAUCACCAUCACUGUCACUGAUUUGGGGUCCCCUAGACUGAAAACACAGCUCAACAUAACCGUGCUGGUCUCCGACGUCAAUGACAACGCCCCCGCCUUCACCCAAACCUCCUACACCCUGCGGGUCCGCGAGAACAACAGCCCCGCCCUAUACACAUUCACAAAUUGGAUACAACAAUUUGAGUCUGCUGGAGGCCACGCGGUGGCGCUGCAGGCUAAAGAGACCGGGUUAAAAACUGAACUGAGAAUACUGCGGAUGUCACUAACAAAAAAGGAAGAUCGAGCGGCAGGAAAGACGUGUUCAGAGGAAGCUAUGGAGGCUGGAGGGUUGUGCUUCCCAAGACAAAGGCAAGUCCUGUUUCUCUUUCUGUUUUGGGGAGUAUCCUCGGCAGGUUCUGGGUUUGGACGGUACUCGGUGAUGGAGGAAACAGAGAGAGGAUCGUUUGUGGUCAAUCUGGCAAAGGAUCUGGGGCUAGGGGACCAGGAGCUGGUUGCAAGGGGAGCCCGGGUGGUCUCUGAUGAUAACAAACAACACUUGCUCCUGGAUUCUCAGACUGGGAAUUUGCUCACAAAUGAGAAACUGGACCGAGAGAAGCUGUGUGGCCCUACAGAGCCCUGUAUGCUGUAUUUCCAAAUUUUAAUGGAUAACCCCUUUCAGAUUUACCGGGCUGAGCUGAGGGUGAGAGACAUAAAUGAUCAUUCACCAGUGUUUCGGAACAAAGAGAUGGUCUUAAAAAUACUAGAAAAUACAGCUGAAGGGACAGCAUUUCGACUAGAAAGAGCACAGGAUGCAGAUAGAGGACUUAAUGGUAUCCAAAACUACACCAUCAACCCCAACUCUUUUUUCCAUAUUAAAAUUAGUGACAACGAUGAAGGCGUGAUAUAUCCAGAGCUAAUGUUGGACAAGGCGCUGGAUCGGGAGAAGCAGCAAGAGCUCAGGUUAACACUCACUGCACUGGAUGGCGGGUCUCCACCCAGAUCUGGGACUGCCACUAUACACAUUGUGAUCCUGGACAUCAAUGACAAUGCCCCUCAGUUUUCUCAGGCAACCUACGUGACCCAGGCUCUGGAGAACAGCCCAGUAGGGUCUCUUAUUGCUAAAGUCUCUGCAGGAGAUGUAGACUCUGGAGUGAAUGCAGAUAUAUCCUAUUCAUUUUUUGAUGCUUCUGAAGAUGUUCGAACAACCUUUCAAAUCAAUCCAUUUUCUGGGGAAAUCAUUCUCAGAGUGUUGCUUGAUUAUGAGCUAGAAAGGUCUUACAAAAUAAAUAUACAGGCAAUUGAUGGUGGGGGCCUUUCUGCAAGAUGUACAGUUUUGGUUGAGGUUUUGGACACCAAUGACAAUCCCCCUGAACUGAUCAUGUCAUCACUUUCCAACUCUGUUGCUGAGAACUCUCCUGAGACAACAGUGGCUGUUUUUAGGAUUAAAGACAGAGACUCUGGAGAAAACGGAAAGAUGGUUUGCUACAUUCAAGAUAAUCUGCCGUUUCUUCUGAGACCCUCUAUGGAGAAUUUUUACAUCCUAAUGACAAAAGGAGCCCUGGACAGGGAAAGACAAGCCGAGUACAACAUCACCAUCACCGUCACCGACAUGGGAUCCCCCAGGCUGAAAACCCAGCACAACAUAACCCUGCUGGUCUCCGACGUCAAUGACAACGCCCCCGCCUUCACCCAAACGAGCAGGGCCGCCUCGCUGGGUCGCUGCUCGGUGCCUGAGGGCCACUUUCCGGGCCACCUGGUGGACGUCGGCGGAACUGGGACCCUGUCCCAGAGCCACCAGUAUGAGGUGUGUCUGAGGGGAGGCUCUGGGACCAGCGAGCUGAAAUUUCUGAAGCCGAUUGUGCCCAGUUUCCAGGGCCAUUCCCCUAGACCAGAUAUAGAAGAAAAUUCCAACUUUAGGAAUGACUUUGAUUUCAGUAUUCAGUGACAAUAAUUGGUUUUCCAUAUAUUUAAAAUUGAUGAUAAGUUCAAGGUGAUGGUUUUUCUGGCAAGAUAUUAUAAAUUUUUUAAUUACACUAAACUUGCUUGCAAAAUUUCUUAUAUUAUCCCUUUGUUUUUGAGAAUAGUAUCUUUUCUUCAUUACCGUUAGAAGAUGAAUGUCCCUAAAUCUUGCCUCUCAAAACACUAAUGAAGUCAAUAGUUGUACAAAUCCUUGUUCUGGAAUAGCUUAAGAAUGUAUCGGGGGAAAAAAACAGUGAGAUGUUAGUUCUAUAUAAUCUAUUGUAU